ACUUACUUACUUCUGAGGGUUUGUUCCUGUCCGUGCUGUUCUGUUUCACUUCACCUGCUCAUGUGGAAGGACCAUGACAAUGAGACUGUUCCACUAGUGUUAGUGGAGGAACUGGAAACGGGGAAGAGGAUUAGUGGCUCAUCAGCACAUGCACACACACACACACACACACAUCACAAGACAAGUUGUGUCUAAAUGGCAGCUGAAGCUCUAGUGCUCUUGUGAAGGUUUUAAACCCAUUACUUUCUCCUGGAUAAAGAGGUUCUGUGUAAGGCAACUAGAUGGAGAACAGUGGCUUUUACAAUGAUAACUACAGCAACGGAAGCAGUGAUGAUGACCUGGUCGACCUCAGUGCAACUGCUCAGGAUCUCCUCGAAGAUCUGCCCUAUGAUCAGGAGCACAGCCAAGGCUACAGUACAGGAUACAGAGGACAGAACGGCACCACUAAGCUGCUGGAUCUCUUAGACGACGGGUUGCAUGGGGUGGGAUCAUAUGAUGAUUUUAACACCAUUGACUGGGUGAGAGAGAAAUCCAAGGACCGAGACCAUCACAGAGAGAUCAGCAAGAAGAAGAGACAGUCCGUACUGGAUCUUUGCUUGAGUGUAAGCGAUGCUUUCUCGGGCUGGCUGCUCAUGCUCCUCAUUGGCCUCAUGUCUGGAGCCUUAGCUGGAGGUAUAGACAUCGCAGCUCACUGGCUAACAGACCUGAAAGAGGGUGUGUGUCUGAACGGCUUCUGGUUCAACCACGAGCACUGCUGCUGGAACUCCAAAGAGACCACCUUCCAGGAGAGAAACAAAUGUCCAGACUGGAGGAGCUGGGCCGAGCUCACGGUGGGAGUCAACGAGGGGGCGAGUGCCUACGUGGUGAACUAUCUGAUGUACAUGACUUGGGCUCUACUCUUCUCCUAUCUGGCCGUGGUCCUCGUCAGAGCCUUCGCUCCGUACGCCUGCGGCUCAGGAAUCCCUGAGAUAAAGACCAUCCUGAGCGGGUUUAUAAUCCGCGGCUAUUUAGGAAAAUGGACGCUGGGGAUAAAAACCAUCACUCUGGUGCUGGCUGUGUCUUCGGGUCUCAGUCUGGGGAAAGAGGGCCCGCUGGUGCAUGUGGCCUGCUGCUGCGGAAACAUCUUCUGUCAUCUUUUUACCAAGUACCGCAAGAACGAGGCCAAGAGGAGGGAGGUCCUGUCAGCAGCCUCGGCGGUGGGCGUGUCUGUAGCGUUCGGAGCUCCUAUAGGAGGAGUGCUGUUUAGUCUGGAAGAGGUCAGCUAUUACUUCCCUCUAAAGACACUGUGGCGUUCGUUUUUCGCUGCCCUGGUGGCCGCCUUCACCCUGCGCUCCAUCAAUCCCUUUGGCAACAGCCGCCUUGUCCUCUUCUACGUGGAGUUCCACACACCGUGGCACCUGAUGGAGCUCAUCCCUUUUGUUUUGCUUGGGAUUUUUGGCGGCCUGUGGGGGGCGUUUUUCAUCCGUGCCAACAUGGCCUGGUGCAGACGGCGGAAGGACACACGUCUGGGCCACUACCCGGUGUUGGAGGUGGUGCUGGUAACUCUGGCUACAGCACUGUUGGCCUUCCCAAAUGACUAUACACGCAUGAGCGGCAGCCAUCUCAUCUCCGAGCUGUUCAAUGACUGCAGCCUACUCGAUUCCUCGCAGCUAUGUGACUACACCACUCAAGUGAAGGGUGGAUCAACGAACACGAAUUUCAGUCACGUUGCUAACUUCAGUAACAACCUGUCUGACCGAGCAGCUGGGCCUGGAGUGUAUACAGCCAUCUGGCAGCUGGCGCUGGCACUUGUCUUUAAGACGCUGAUUACCGUGGUUACGUUUGGCAUGAAGGUGCCCUCUGGUCUAUUUAUUCCCAGCAUGGCAGUGGGUGCAAUAGCAGGCAGGCUGCUGGGCAUCGGCAUGGAGCAGCUGGCAUUCUACCACCACGACUGGUCUAUUUUCAGUAGCUGUACAUCCAGCACCAAAUGCAUCACCCCAGGCCUCUACGCCAUGCUCGGAGCCGCAGCGUGUCUGGGUGGUGCAACUCGGAUGACGGUGUCUCUGGUGGUCAUUAUGUUUGAGCUGACUGGAGGACUGGAGUACAUCGUGCCCCUCAUGGCAGCCACUAUGACCAGUAAGUGGGUGGCAGAUGCGCUGGGCAGAGAGGGCAUCUACGAGGCUCACAUCCGCCUGAACGGUUACCCUUUCCUCGAGCCCAAGGAGGAGUUUGAGCACAAGACCCUGGCCAUGGAUGUGAUGCGGCCACGGCGCUCUGAUCCUCCACUUUCUGUCGUCACGCAGAGCGGCAUGACUGUCGAUCAGGUGGAGGCCCUGAUUGCCGAUACGUCAUACAGCGGUUUCCCUGUAGUCGUCUCGCAAGAGACUCCGAGGCUGGUGGGCUUUGUGCUGCGCAGAGACCUGGUUAUUUCAAUAGAAAAUGCACGACGCUGCCAGGAGGGUAUUGUGGGGGCAUCGCAGGUCUUCUUCACGGAACACCCUCCAUCUCAGGAUCAUGGUGGCCCUCCUCCAGUUAGUCUGCGCAGUAUUAUGGACCUCAGUCCGCUAGCCAUCACCGACCACACACCCAUGGAUAUCACUGUGGACAUCUUCCGCAAGCUCGGCCUACGCCAGUGCCUCGUCACGCAGAACGGGCGUUUGUUGGGGAUUGUCACUAAGAAGGACAUUUUGAAGCACAUGGCCCAGAUGACAAACAGAGACCCUGAGUCCAUCUUGUUCAACUGACAACGCUGUCCAGACCACUCAGCAGAAGAGACAUUCAAUCGCAUUCCAUCACAUGGACACACUGGAGAAAUCUUAGUUAUCUGGUGAAAAGUAUGUGUGUGUAUGCAUGAGUGUGUGUGUGUGAGUGAGAGAGAGAGAGAGAGAGAGAGAGAGAGCAAGGGGUUUUUGUGUGAACGCCUGAGGCUUUUGGCAUAAUCGGAGAAGCGGAGUUGGACAACAUGCCUGGACAGAAAGUCCUGUCUCCUAGAGGAUCUGACUCUACAGCUUACCCUGAAGCUGUCACACACCUCACUGCUGACUACCGUGUGUCCGCAUGCACACGCACCACUGAUCCACAUCUUCUUCACAAGACUGUCACAAAAACACUCCUGUGAACACGGAGUUAGAACUUUUUCUUAGUCCUGCGUAUGUCAUUCCUGGAUUCUUUUAGAGGGAAGCCUUGGCAGGUGAAGGGCAGUUUUGGAAUGUCAUGCAUUUGAUUACUCUUCUCUCUCUCUCUCUCUCUCUCUCUCUCUCUCUCACUCUCUCUAUUACAUGCCUGAACUUGCCCAGGUCAGACAAUCGCUGUGGGAAGUGGAUGAGAAAAGAGACAAGGGUGUAUCAGGUUAAAAAGUCACACACUCUGUCUUCCUCACACUCCGCCACCCUGUCAGAUAAAAGCAGAAGACAGUGUUUAAUUGUUAGCACUCGGAGUGUUAAUUCAAAACGUCGCCAGUGUCUGAAUGACUUGAAAGCGAGCGGACCUCGCUGGCAUGAAUCUGGACAGGAAUUCUUUAAGCCACUGUCGUCAACUUAUUUACUAUGUUUACAAGAUUUCUUGAUGAGAUUCUGUAGGUCUUCUUGGAAUCCAUUGGGGAUUUUCUGGAAUUUAGCUCAGAUUCUUUUGGUCAGCUUAUCUAAAUUGUAAGCAGAAGCACACUCUAUGAAGAAUUCUACCAUUUUGCAAUUCUACCAGUAUGCUGAAGAACAUAUGAGCAGCCUCAAAAUACCCAUAAUGCAUUUGCCACGUCGUAUGGACACCAAUUUAGACAUGGGGUUCACCCGUCUUCCCAACUUUGUCCUUCCCUGCCCAGGCCAGUAGAGGUCACUAUGUCUCUCACAAUCUGGCACAGCUGCCCUGAUCCGUUCUGGCCAGCUCCCCUUCUCUUCUCAUGACUUGCCCUUGCAUUAGGGAGUUAAGGUCACCGUCUCAUUCGAGAGAGCUGAAGUUGAAGGGAGUUGAAGCUCGUCCCUUGUGCGUCGUGUUCGCUUCCCCUUUGCGUGAUUGUCUCAGCUUGGGUGUAUCCAGAUCCAUCGACUGUUAAUCUUGCUUGCAUUUGUUACGACCCUGAACCACCUCGCUCGAGCAUUAUGUCUUUCCGUUCCCUCAUGUUUUUUUAGCAGUUUUGACAAUCCAAUCAUGACAUGAGAAGAGGCUCCUCCUAAGGGAAGCGCAGGCGGAGUGCAGGAGAGCUCCCUGACAUUUAUUUACUCUACUCCCCAUCCUCGGCACGCUUGCUCCAUUUCCAUUGUACUCGUGUGUUUAUCCGCCUUUACACAAUGUUAAAAGCAUGUUAGUUCUUUCAAAGCCGCUUCUACUCACUCUCGCUCUCUUUCUCUCUCUCCCUCGCACUCCCUUUCUUUUCCCUAAUAUUCCCGCGAGCUGGAGCGAGGGCGCGGAGGUCGGAGGAGCCAUUGUUCCUGCUCAUGCUAGUCUGGGCUAGUGGUCGCCAGGAUGUUCCCCGACUGCGUUUCCCUGCCGCCCGGCCCUCUUCCACUCUUAGAGAGCUAAUUUCCGUACAACAACAGCCAAUUCGGCAUCAUUGUAAUAUAAUAGAGGCGAGGGCCGAAAUGAUCUCUGCCUCCGCUGAUUGAAAGUAAACGUCCGUGUGUGCGCGCAUGCAAGGUGUUCAGGAACGAGGGAAUCAUUCCUUUUCUUUCCUGACUCCAUGAGAAAACAAGGCAAGUGCUGCUGGGAGAGGCUGGAGAGGAGGUUAAUUAAACAGUGCGGCUGGGUCACUUUCACAAAGGUCCCUUUUUUGUGGCAUCAGGGUUAUGAGAAAAGGAGGAUGGAAAAAGAGAGAGAGAGAGAUUUGGCUGGAGGGAGGCUUGCUCAGUGCUGCUGGGUUACCGAGUGUCCCAGCUCUCUCUCUCUCUCUCUCUCUCUCUCUCUCUCUCUCUCUCUCUCAUGUAAUCCAACCCUUGAUUGGCUGUAAGGGCUCAGCUCAGGGCUGAAUGAAAUGUCAUCUGGAGCAGGACAUGCCACAACCCUGGCCCCCCAAACACCCCCCCCACCACCACCAUUCCCCUUUCCCUCCUUUUCCCUCCCUCACCGCUUUCCUUAUCGACGGAAAGCCGCACACCACCCAGUGGAAGAAUGUUCGAAUGUUAGUGCUUUAUACAGCUAUGGUUAUUAACCACCUUACAAAAAAGAGGGUUUUGUAUAACAAAUGUGCCAUUCACAUCCAGGAAGACAAACAUGUAAGAAAAACAAAUAAAAAAAAAGCACAGAGGCGAAUGUUGUUCAGAAAGCCGCCUGUAUUUGGUCUGAGAGCAGCAGUGACAGGUGGGGGCAUAUUUAAAGAAUUGUUGUAGCAAGCACAAAACUCAAUUAUGAUGUGUUGCAUCCAAGACGCAGACGAUGCAGAGCCUGGAGCCUUGAGCGAGCGGCCUGACUCCACCCCGCAGAUGGAUACACCUCUCAGAGUAACUGGACCAUCAGUAGUUUUGUUUAAACAGAGCCUGCUUCCCAUUUGAACACUACUACUGUUUCAGUUGCAAGGAGAGUGAGAACAUCGAGACCUCGUUACGAUCACGGUAGCACUGUUCUGGGAAAUCGGACCAAAAAGAGGUCAACGAAGUGCAUUGUUUAGGAUCAAGUGGAUUAGUAACCUUAUUUAUUUUGUAAAAUGCCGACUCUGUACUGUGGUAUUUGUAAUCAAAAGUGUACUUUGUACUCUGCAGAAAUUAUUUUGAAUAAAUGGGAAGCAUUUCGA